UCGACCACCACACCUUACGCUAUGGAUGCUUUAAGACAAUGAGAAACUCACAUGCAAAGCUCAUCAUUUCAUGAAGCGCUGUAGUCCUACCAGACAACAUUUAAGCAGUACGUUCACUCGAUGCCUUCUUCUCAUCAUUUCCUCCUUCUCCUCAUAACUAGUCAUUACUAUGCUUCCUGGUGAUCAACUCCGUCUAGGCCCAAAGGUUGCUCUGAAUGUGAUUACUCCUACAUCUCUAUCAGCACCCCGAUUAUCGACUGCUCUGCCCAACGUGCCUGGCAUCAGGCCUCUCCCCAUCCCUACCAUAUCUAAUAUCGCAGGGGAUAUCAACACAGCAGAACGGACUUUAAAUUACCCUGACUCUGUGCGCCCUCCUCACCCCGAGCCGGCUAACCCUCCAGGCUUAGCAAAGCCUUCCACAUCGCGACUCCCUCGGCGAUCAUAUGUAAACGGCCCUUUUCGUGUUUGGCGUGGAUUGUCAGCGGGCGGUUUCGCCACAACUGUAGCAGCCGAAGACGUAGCAUCGGGCCGCUCGCUAUGUCUCAAAGUUUUCAGGAAGGACAGACUUCAGUACACAGGCCGAAGUCUUCGGAGGGAGUUGGAAGUCUACAAGAGACUGGCAUCGGAAUAUCGUCCUGCAAAUAUAUUCCUUAUGGAAUUGGAAAUGGCAUUUCAGACGAGAAAAGACAUCUAUCUCGUCAUGGACUUGAUGGCCUACGAUCUGACGUAUUAUAUGCGCAAUGAGUCUGAAUACUGCAUCGAGAAUGCUCGUCGAUGGAGUGCCCAACUAGCACUGGGCAUUAACGCUUUACACGACAUGGGUAUCAUCCAUCGUGAUAUUAAAGCGGAAAAUGUUUUAAUCGAUAUACAACAAAACGUGCGCAUCACCGAUUUCGGGCUCGGCUACUAUAUCAAAGAGCCAAGGCCCCUGAAUCCAUGGCGGGGUUAUACAUCAAGCGUUAAGGGGACUAUUCAUUGCAUGGCGCCUGAAAUUCUGCGCAACAUGGAAAAUCCAAAUUCUAUGAAGUACGGGGUGCCCGUGGACUGGUGGGCAUUCGGAUGCGUCUUGUACCAACUUAUCUCGUUGGACCAUAAGGUGCUCUUUGAUUCGGAGAACGCUACAUUGGAGUAUGUUUCCUGGCGCUCCGAGCAUUAUGGAACACUCGACUUGUUCCCAGCUUUCGAUCAGCUUGAUUCACUUGCGGCUGAUUUGCUUGUAAGAUUGCUCCAUCCCAUCGUCCAACUACGAUACGGGUUCCGACAUGUCACAACUCACUCGUACUUCUUAAACGAUGAUGGCACGAUGGAAUUUGACGGGGCCUACUCUUCCGCUGUUAAGCGCGAAAAGUGGCCACAGAUGUUGCCGAGCCUGCGGAAUGAAAAGACCAGUGAUGAAACAGCAAACGUCUUGUGCUGCAUACCUCCUGGGUCAUCGGGGUACGUUCCAAAUGUAGAUUGGAGGAAGCCCAGGCCGCAAGCCACACAUUUCCCAUGAUGCCCCCAGCUUGUCAUUAUUUCAUUGCAAAUUUCUCCAUGUCAAGUUUAACUCCACUGUGAUUCCAUUCUUUCUUGCUGCAAAGAAUUCACAUUGUUACAUUACAUGUACAU